GCCUUGUGUGGGUGGACACUUCAUUCCUGGAUAGUGCAGAGCUUACAACCACAGUGAAUCUCAGAGAGAGUUGUCUCCUGGUGACUAUGCCUCUGCCUCUGUUCCCUUUACUGACCCCAAUAAUCAUUGCAAUAAUAUGCAUUUAUGCUGCAGCAAUAUGGAAAAAUACGAGAAAAGCAAACAAGUCCAAGACUGAAGAGAAAGUAAUAUCCAAGCCUUGGGUGGAUGACGAUUUGAAAGAUGGAACAGAGUUCAACAUUCAACAGCAAGCCAGCAAGCAACUUGACGAAGAAAUUACGGCUCAGCACAUUCCAUAUUCACCGAAGCAUUACUCAGAGGAAGAAAUGAUGCGCAGAGCUAAGAAGUUCUAUGAGUUGAUGAAUAAAAGGAGAAGUGUUCGUUUUUUCAGUGAUGAACCAGUCCCGAGGGAGGUGAUUGACUAUGUCAUCCGAACAGCAGGAACAUCACCCAGCGGAGCACACACAGAACCCUGGACUUUUGUGGUUGUUCAAGAACCAGAAAUGAAACGCCAAGUUCGUGAAAUAAUUGAGGAGGAAGAAGAAAUAAAUUACAAAAAGAGGAUGGGACAAACUUGGGUUCAGGACAUCGAGAAAAUGAGGACAAACUGGACAAAGGAAUACUUGGAAAUCGCGCCCUACCUCAUCCUGAUCUUUAAACAAGUUUAUGGAAACUUGCCCAGUGGAAAGAAGAUCCAUUAUUAUAAUGAAAUUAGCGUCUCAAUCUCAUGCGGUAUUCUCUUGGCUGCUUUACAGAAUGUUGGCCUUGUGACCGUUACGACAACUCCCUUGAACUGUGGCCCCCGGCUGCGAGCCUUGCUGGAGCGCCCGGUCAAUGAGAAACUGCUGCUGCUGCUACCAGUCGGUUUACCAGCGAAAAAUGUCACUGUGCCAGACUUCCACCGCAAACCAUUGACUGACAUAAUGGUGCUGGUGUAGCUGGACCAAGCUCCAAGACACUAACCUGCAUGAUGGGAGCUUUAUAAAUUCAACUUAAUGUCAGUUUGAACUAUCUGCGAGGUUUCUCCAGUGAUCCCAGUGAUCACUUGCCUGUCAAGAACUGUGUAGACCAAAGCUUGUCCCGAUUAGCAGUUCUCUACAAUGGAUUGAAAAUGGCUGUGUGAUUUAUUUUCUAUGUGCUUUAAGUAGUCUUCUCUUAAUGAAUACUUUUGGUCAGCUCACCUUUCCUCCAUCACCCGCUCUCCCUUACUUAGUGCCCAACUCCCUCGUUCUUAAGUGCUUCAAGACAUAAUCCUACCUGAAGGACGCUAUAUAAAUACAAUUAUUGUCGCUUCAAAUGAUUACAUUAUGGAACUGGUGUCAAUGUAAAGCAUCAAUGUAGACCUGCAUCUAAACCUGGAUGGAUUAUUAAGUGGUAUAAUAUGUUAUCUUUAAUUUUUGCAAAUAUCAGGUGUCAGCCAGGCUCAGUUGGAAGCACUCUCAC